UCCUCGAUAUGAAUGUCGAACUUCACCUUUCCUUAAUUCCUAGGAUUAAUUUUCUCCAAUUGGAUGGGUUCCAAUUACAUACCCUAAACCGAAGAAUUCAAACGUCCGUGGCAUCCUCAUUAGAACGCAAAAAUCCUCGUAGAACAGUUUCCCGUUUCACCAAGAGAACGAGUCCUCAAUCGCUGACUUCCUAACAAGACAGCAUCGACCAAUUAGUU